GAGAGAGAGAGAGAGAGAACCAUGUAAGUAUUCCGAUCACGUAAUUAUUCAUCAUCUGAAAGAAAUAUAGUAGAUGACAUUUAGAGACUCAUUAGAACACCGGUUGAAUUUUGCGUGUGUAAGAAAGAAGCUGUAGCAGUCCUGGUAUCUUUCAAACAAUAUUUUCGUAUUAUUUCAUGAAGGCCUCUCAUGCAGUAUGCAGUCGUCAGAGGAAGCAGAGUAGAUGUCAGGGGGAACCAAAAGGUGGGGUGAGAGUCAAACCACGGUUUAUUUAAUAGUCCUGUGUAGGGGCUUAUCACCAGGACUAAACAAAAGGAAAUUUCAUUUUUCCCAAACUGGAAAUGUGUGUGAUGGAGUUGGUGGUUUUUAAUAAAUUAGGACAAGAAGGAGCUUGCUAAAAUGUGAAAAUAAUAUAGUUGCUUUCACAUACUAAAUAAUUAAGUUCAUGUGGCCUACUAAUGCAGUGCGGACCAUUGCAUGGAUCCUCAUUAAAUAUAAUUUUCCACUUAUCAAGAAACGGAAUUUAUUUUAAGAGCUUAUCAUGCUUGUAGCUCACACUCCAGGCCGGUAGGUGGCGGUAAUGUGCGCCAAACACAUUAUUCACACGGUAAACGAAUAAGAGCUAAUAGAGAGAGGAACCCAAGUUUGGAUAGAGAGCGCGCACAUUACGCUGUUUAGGAUAUGAAGCGAGUUUAAAACAGAAUUUCGCUUUCAGAAUGUAGAGCCUUUUACGUCAACAUUAGCGCGCGCAAAAACAUCCAUUGCACGUGCCUGUGCCACCACGUCGCCUGGUGUGGAGAAAUGACCAUAAUACUGCGCUUGGAAGGCCUCGAUGUGAAGGCAGGUACUGAAGAUAUACGGACCUUCUUUGCAGGCCUUCACAUCCCUGACGGUGGCGUGUACAUAGUAGGAGGAAGUCUCAGCGAGGCCUUUAUUGCCUUCACCAUUUACAGAGAUGCCCAGCUUGCAAUGCAGUACUCUGAGAAAUUCCUCAAAGGGUCUAAAGUGACUCUACACAUAAGCAGCAUGGCAGAGCUGGAGCAAAAGGUGAAGUCGUCAUUGAAGAGGAAGAAACCCUCCCCCAUGCAGCCCACUGUGAAGAGCCCUGUUAUAACUACAGAUGCAAAUGCGCUACCCUUGAAUGCACAUCCUCUUCAACCAAAUACUGCCAAUUUGCCACCGCCUCUUAAUCUAGAUAUUGCAACUCUACCACGCGUGAAUUCACACGCACUUGACUCCAAUACUGCCUUUCUGCUUGGGAUUUGUACGGUCCUUCAAGGUCUCUAUUCAACCCCCGUAAGUGAAACCAGCGCUACUGUGCCAAGAGGAGAUUUUCCCAUGGCCGAUGGUACGGUCACAUGUGAUGAAAGGAAACAAAAGCCAACUCCGGACUCUAGUCCGGGCUACGUCAGGCUCUUCGGUCUGCCGGGCACCACUACAAAAGAGGACAUCUGCCAGUUUUUUAAGGGGCUGACCGUACAGGAAGCCAUAGUCAAUGUCGAGUUGGGACGCAGCCACGUCUGCCUCGCUAAGUUUGCAAACACGCAAGAGGCAUGCGACGCUCUCCUCUUCAACCAACACUCACUGGGCCCCAUCUGUGUGGAGGUACGUGGAGCCACUGAGAAGAUGUGGACCAGUGCGAUGCAGGAAUGCCAAAGUGCGCUUGAGGUCGGGGGAGCGACACCAAAGCAGAGGCCUCCCGGGGGAGCUGUAAACCGCAAACAAGAAACCACUUCUGCACCGAAGCUCAAGAGGAGAGCUGUUGACCAAUGGCCAUCUAAAGCGCCAAAAAAGCAGAUAUCUUCAACUCCGGAGUAUGUUGUCAUGGUCACCAAUUUACCCAAAAUUAUGACUAAGACUGAGAUAAAAGAACUAUUUGGAUGUCCCAACAUUGCUCACAAAAAUGUACAACAUCUGCUCGACAAGGAAGGCAACAGAACAGACGUCGCUUUUCUUAUUUUUAACUGCACCGAGGACUACGAGUAUGCAAUAAACCUCAACGGCUGCCACGUCAGCUCCAAUGCCAUUGAGGUCAGAUCAAUCGGGGGAAAAAUGAUGAGGGAAAUGAUUGCCAAAACGCAUCCGAGAAAACUAGAGCAAUGUCAAAACACCGGCUCAAAGAAGAACAAACCAAAUAGAGAGAGUGAAUCAAAUGUGUGGGAGAAACCGAUUACUGACCCGGCAGCAAAGACAUGCCUGUUGGUCAGAAACAUGCCCGCAAAUGUAAAGAAACGCCAUAUUAAAAGACUAUUUGGAAAAUUCAAAGUGAUUGAGGAGAAUAUCAUCUCACUACAUGACAGGGAUGGCAACGGUAUCGGUGAAGCUGUGGUUCAAUUUCAAUCUCAAAAGUUUGCUGCACUGGCUCAACAGCUCAACGGGCAGAACUUCCUGGGGACGAGAGUGCUUCUCACUCUCAUAAAUGGGACUCAGGUGGAGGACAUCUUGACAAGAAAUGUGCCAGGAAGUUAAGUUAUUGCAGCUCAAAUGCAGACCCUGGCCAAAGAUGGAUCUAUUCUUUUUAAAAGUUUUUUUUGUCAUGCUUUAAUUUAGCAUUUCUUCACAUUCCUGUUGAACAUUUAAAAAAAUAAAAGCUCGUUUAACUUUCUGGUGAUGCGCGUUCAUACCGCUACAUAUCUGCCCUUUAAGUAGGAUAGGCGUGCGCGUGGGUUGGGGCUGAACUGCCAUGCGACAGCAAGGAGUGGACAAAAUUCUUGACUUUUGGGGGGGG